AGCUCCCUGUCAAAAAUAGCCUUUCUGUAUGUGUGUGCAUUGUUUUAUAUUUGAACAGCGAAAUUGCACGUGAGACGAAGAGACGCAGACAGCAAAGAUUGUCGCGAAAAUGAGCGCCCACUUACUUUUUGGCUAAACUUAUCAAAAUUGCUCAAAAAAUAAGGAGACAGUCAAGGAUAUAUCUUUUGAAAGUUAAGCACACAUAUCUGAAAUUUGUUUUACUGAAAAAAGAAGUUGCUCAAGAAAAUGCCAAGUCAAUCAGUGGAAGAACAAAAUCUCAAAAUGCCAAUUGGAUCAGCAAGUGAUACUAUUCGAAAAUUUAAUGCAGUUGCACAAGCAAAUGAGGAGGUUCUGAAAAAAAAUCCAUACUCCGACACGUACAAAAUUCAGGCAUUUGACACAAAAAACUAUGGAAGACCACCGCCAGGAAGUAAGACAGAGGCAAGAGGAAUCAAGGCUGGUGUUCAUGUGUGCCGUGAGAUUCUAUUCCUCUGCGAAACAAUAGACUCGAAUGCAGAUGGAGAAGAGCCGCACAAAUAUGUGAAAUUCGGAAAACUUUUCAAUAUUUAUUCCUUUUAUUCAGAUAAGCUUGUUGGAAUGCUGAUUCGUGCUCGGAAAUAUGGUCUUGUACACUUUGAAGGAGAAAUGUUAUAUCAAAGACAAGAUGACGAGAAGAUAAUCACAAUGUUGAUGAGUCUUCAAGAAAUUCGAGAAAGUUUGACAGCUUCUGGAGAUCCUGCAAAUUGCAUUCAAAUUCGUCGCAAUUCAGAACCUGUUGCAUUUGUGCCUCCAGUAUCUAAAGAAGCUCCUAGACCUCGACCGAUAAGAAGUGAUUCAGUUACAUCUUCAAAAGCAAAAUUCGAAGCCCCGCCACCACCAAACACAGAUUCUCUUCCCGUUCAGGGUAGACCCAAGAAGCCAUGGACACCAAAAGACACAUCAAAAGCCCCUGUAUUUUGCAGUUAUUAAACACUUUUUUCCGAACAUAUUGCCCACGUGUUUUGUUAUUUCCCUGUUCUUGUCACAAAUUGAAUGAUAUAAAUUGAGCUUGUUGAA